AUGAAUUUAAGAACUAUGAAUUUAAUCGCCAAUAAUAAGAAUAAGUUAAUAAGAAAAGCUUUCAAAUAUGGUAUCAAACAUUGUGAGGAAACUAAAGAUAAUAUUUAUGCUAAAUGGUUAUCUGUACUUAAAGAAUAUAAUCUCACAUUUGUGCAGAAUGAUACGAAAUUUAGAAUAGCCAAAAUCAAAACAGGGAAUAGUUUCGAUAUCCAUACAGAUGGAUCUAGAAUUAAUCAAAAGACAGGAAUGGGUAUUAAUAUUUAUGAUACCUCAAAUAGAUCAGUUCCUUGUAAAACUUUAUCCCUCAGAAUCAAUAAUCAUUAUUCAAAUAAUAUAGCCGAAAUAUGCUCCAUAAUAACUUCUAUUAAUGUAAUCCCACGAAACUCUAAAGUUACCAUUCAUACAGAUAGUGAAGUUGCAAUAGAAGUUCUCAAAGAUAGAUACAAAGGAGAUUUUCUAACAUUAAAAGAAGCCUUCUUUAGAACAACCAAAAAUAGAAAAAUAGAAUAUGAAAUUAAGAAAGUUGAAGCACACAAAGAUAGCGAGAAUAUCAAGGUUGAUUUAAUAGCAAAGAAUGCUACAACCAGAGAGGAUAUUUUUGAUAUUCGUAAUUUACUCAAGAAUCAACACCUCCUUGUUAAGGAUGGUGUUGUCGUCUUCAAUCAUAAGAAGAUGACCAUAACAAGACAUUUAAGUGUAAGACAUAAUAAGAUGAAUGAAAACCCUAACUUUAUUCUAAACCAAAGUUGGGAUUCUCUUAAUGUGCAAUACCUUAAAACUCGUCUUACUCCUAAAACUAAAUACUUUAUAUGGAGAAAUUCCAUCAAUGCCCAUAUCAAUUUUGGUAAGGGUAAAAGUUUCUGUUACGAUUGUGGUACAGAAUCUGAUUUAUUCCAUUACAUUCAUGAGUGCCCUGGCUUGGAUAGUGCCAGGUAUUUUUGUAAAUCAAAGAUAUCUGAUAUUCUUGAAGGGAGAGAGUGCUUACUUUCUCAUUUUCAAUUCAAACCAGAAAAGCACCACCAUGCAUUACAUUUCCAUCAUAACGGAAUCACCUCUUUGGAAGAUGGAUACAUGCAAUUCCAUAAAGAUACAUAA